GUUUCCGUCAGGAUGAUCUACUGCAGGACACUGACUUCCGCUUGGGUCAGAACGCUGUGCGCUAAGCGUGUAUUUAUCUACCCAUUAAUUUUUCCAGAUGUUCCUGUGAUGCAAAUGACCCCCGACCCUUUGGUGUUCCCAACAUGUCCACGCCGUUGACACCAGCCCCCCACCGGCAGCCUUCUUGGCAUUUUGGCCAGGUGGUCAUUGGCCCCCCGGGGUCUGGGAAGACCACCUACUGCCAGGCUAUGCAGGAGUUUCUGGAGAAGCUGGGCCGCAAAGUGGUGGUGGUGAACUUGGACCCGGCCAACGAGGGACUGCCAUGUGCCUGUGCCGUGGAUGUUGCCGAGUUGGUGACCCUGGACGAUGUGAUGGAGGGUCUGAAGCUGGGGCCCAAUGGAGGCCUCCUCUACUGCAUGGAAUACCUCGAGACCAACCUGGACUGGCUAGAGGAGAAGCUGCGCCCACAUUGCAACUGCUACUUCCUCUUUGACUGCCCGGGGCAGGUGGAGCUCUACACGCACCAGAGUUCUGUCAAAAACAUCUUUGCCAAGCUGGUGAAAUGGAACUUCAGGCUGACCGCUGUGCACCUGGUUGACUCCCACUACUGCACCGACCCGGCCAAGUUCAUCUCGGUGCUCUGCACGUCCCUCUCCACCAUGCUGCACGUUGAGCUGCCACACAUCAACGUUCUCUCCAAGGUGGACCUCAUCGAGCAGUAUGGCAAGCUGGCCUUCAACCUAGACUUUUACACGGAAGUGCUGGACCUGUCGUACCUCCUGGAGCACCUGGCAGCAGACCCCUUCUUCAAGAAAUUCCUGCGGCUGAAUGAGAAGCUGGCCGAGGUGAUCCAGGACUACAGCUUGGUGUCUUUCUUACCGCUCAAUGUGCAGGACAAGAACAGCAUGAUGCAGGUGAUGAAGGCCGUGGACAAGGCCAAUGGCUACUGCUUCGGAGACCUUGAGGAGAGAAAUCUGCAGGCUUUAAUGUCUACAGUCGUGGGCCCCGACUUCCACUUUGACAUCACUCUGGGAGUCCAGGAAAAGUAUGCCCCAGGCAGCAAGACCUUUGAGGAGGAGGUUAUGGACCUGUAGAUAACGAUACAGGAAGCAGCUGAGCGCUGAUUUCAUCUUGGGCUUCUUAUGCGGUGAAAAGGAGGAGAUCUGAGUACACGAGGGAGGGUCGGCUGAUGGCGGAGUGGAAAAGGACAGGAACGCAGCUGUCCCCUCGCCAGGCGGUCUCAAUAUUUGCAUCAACUUAAGGAUGAGUGAGCUGUACUUGCAGGAGCUUUUUCAUGAUCUGUAGGAAAAAAGCCAAGCAAGUGUCACUCAGCGGAGUGUAACCCCUCUGCAUUCCUUCAAGGGCCAGUAAGUCUUGUCGUGCAGAGGAGUAUCAUCUGAUGCUACCAUUUCUUUCUGAGCAGAGCAUUGCACUGUCACAUGAACAGUGUGCUUUAGGUGUAGAGGCAUGUGGUGUUUCUACAUUUUCACAAUUUAAAACUUUUUUUAAAGAAUUCCCAAUAGAUAUUUAUUUACAUAAAACAUGUCGUUAGUCGCAGUGAAAUUUAAACAGCUCAGUGAUGCAGGCAAACGCCAUACUGCCUGAAUGCAGAGCUUUGAAUCAAGGCAGACAUAAAACUCCAUUGAUGGGGUUGUGUUAAAUAAAAUAAUAAAGUGUGUAA